AUGCCGCAGAAGGUGCGGCCACCAGUGGGGCUGCCUCCGAGGAGGCUGCCAGCCAGGCCGGCGACAGAGACGCCUCGCCCUCCAGGCCGGGAGGCGGCACGAGUCCGCGAAGCACUGCAGGCGACGCUGCAGGCGCGCAGCGAAGUGCCGGCAGUCCUGGCAGCAGUGCCAUCGGGCGCCUUCGCACACUGCGAGCACGAGACAGUUCUGGAGGUCAAUAAUACAUGCAAUGUUCUACUGCGACUUGAUGAGCUGACGCUUGCGCUGAGAUCGGCAUAUCCGCCCGCAUUGCACGGGGCCAGAGCAGGAGCAGGAAGCGAUUGA